CACCUCCGACACACCAUCCAACUCAUCACCACAACCACCAUCCACAAUGCCUCCACGACUACGCAUACCCCUCCGACCAUUCCGGAAAGCCAUCCAGCCCCGCCGCAACUACAUCGCAGCCCCCAAACCCGGCAGCGGCCCUCUCCUCGAACGGCGCUCCGACCGCGCUCUCCCACCCCUCCAAACCUCCCUCUUAUCCUCCAAAUGGAUCCGCACCCUCCCACUCUUCGCCGUAAUCAUGACCGGCUCCUGUCUCGCAAUCUUCAACUACCAGAAACAAAGCAGUAGCGUUGUAAACAGCACAUUAUACGCUCUACGCACGAAUUCCAAAGCCCGAGAAGUACUUGGUGACGAGGUUUAUUUUGCGAGUAAGAUUCCGUGGAUUGCGGGAGAGAUGAAUCAGUUGCAUGGGAGAAUUGAUAUUUCGUUUUGGGUUAAGGGGACGAAGGGGAUGGGGAAGAUGAGGUUUGUUAGUGUGAGGAGGACGAGGAUGGGGUUGUUUGAGACUACGGAUUGGGAUUUGGAGAUGGAAGAUGGGAGAAAGAUCUCGUUAUUGGAUGCUGAUGGGCCGGAUCCGUUCAAGCAGGAGGGAAUUUGAGGGUUGACCGCUCUCAUGCACAAGACAGCACCAUGCUGAACGGCUGCACGCGCGAAAGAGUCUGCGCCAUGCCUGCGCAAAUCUUCGUCGUCGUCGCUUUCGCACACGCCGUGCAAAGUCCGAGAGCGACAUGUGCCUGCUUCGGUGUCCGAUGCACAACACCAUCAUCGGUUCAAACCUUUCCCGACUAGCCAUCAACAUUCGGACUUCACGAGCUCAAAUCACGUCCGCUCCGAAAGCGAAGCAUCACAGAACGGAGUUUGCAACUCGCACAGUAUCCGACUUUCGCAUCAUGAUGACCGGACGGACGAACGAAAGACAGAGUUUCGCGGAAAUGGCACGUUCAUCAUCAGCCAGCUGACACCAGAACCCUCGAGGGUGGGAUUGGACGGCCGCGUCAGGAGACGCGAUGCCAAGGUAUGCUAUGCUCAGCAUCAAUAUUCGGAAGUUUGGGGAGAAUUAAUAUACUUUACUGCCUCCUGCAAUGUACAGUAUACUGCCAAGAAGCAGAAGGGCUCGGCGGGUAGGCAUGUUUGUAUAGAGUUGCACUACCCAAAUUCAACUCCUUGACAAGAUGACAUAUGCCUUGUUGGGUAGGUCUGAGCCACAUUGGGGGACUGUGCUGGCAUGUUCGAGCCGGUUACGGUAUGAGGUGGGUGAGACGACUGUAGCUGGACUUCUCUUCGGCGUUGUGCCACUCUGCUACGUUCGUCAUUAUCAAGAUUGACACUGCUCGAAUCU